GCAUGAUGGCUUUAAACUCAAAUGAAGAACCAUCGAAAUCAACAUCCUUCAGAUUGGAGAAAAUUACUACAAUUAGUGUUGAUGACCACGAGUUUAUUACUCCAACACAGACGGUUCUGUGCCGAGAGGACAUGUACGUAUGGAGAAGAUCACAAACAUGUCAUGACUAUUUUUUGUUUAUCACAUCACUCAAUGAGACAAUUAAAGGAAAACCACUUUCAGUUGACUGUGAAAAGUCUCCAAUCGUACAUGAAAUAGCUACACUGCUGGCAAAAAUUGAGGAGUGGAUUGAUCAACAUGUGCCUACUACCCUGUCUCUUAGAGGAAGAAGUGAAGUUUUUAAGAUAUGGCAUGCCAGACUAAAGAAUGAAGCAAAUAGACUUCUUUCUGAGGCUUUACCUGAAGAAUUUUACAAUAGUGUAAUGGAAAUUGUGGUGUACUUCAUGGAAUCAUUUGGAAGUCCAGUUCAUUUUAACUAUGGCCCACGCCAUGAAAUGUCAUUUGGAUUGUUUCUGUGCUGCCUCAUCAGGAUUGGAGCACUUACCGCAAAAGAUCAAGAGGGAAUAAUUACUGUUGUGUUUGUCAGUUACAUAAAAGUGAUUCACAAAUUGCAAACCACGUAUGGCUUGAGAUAUGCUCGGAGACAUGGCGUCUGGCAAUUAGAUGAUCCUAUGUACCUACCAUACAUAUGGGGCAGUUCUCAGCUCAUAGGUCAUCCACAUGUUUAUCCCAGCUCUAUUAUUGAAUCAGAAUGUGUAGAUAUGUAUUCACAAGAUUAUAUGUUUUUGGCAUGUGUAAAACAUAUCAAUGAGAUAAGAGCUGGCAGUAUUGCUGAACACUCCAUCCAGCUGUGGAAUCUUAGUGGUGUUCCUUCGUGGCCCAAAAUAAAUGAGCAUCUACUUAACAUAAGAUACCGGGAAGAUGUACUGGGGAAAUUCCAAAUCGUCCAUCAAACACUUGUUGGCUCCUUGAUGACAAUGCAGCCAUGCGCGAGAGAGCCUGAAUGGAUGUUUAAAUUUUUUUGAAUGACUUUAGGCACAGUUUCUUAAGAAUAAUUAUGGAAAUACCAGAAUUGUUAAAAUAAGCUUUAUUGCUUUCUCAGUGCAUGCAGCCUUAUCUUUGGACCCCAAAGAGAUUGUGCAAUAAAACUCUGAUCUAGCUUUCAGUUGUUCCUCUCAACUUUUCGUGGUAGUGCUGAAAUGCUAAUCAUUUGCAUAUCCAAGCUUGUAGCACAUCUCAUGCUAAUUUGAUAUUUAUUGCAUGCUGUCUCCACCAUGUUGCACCUUUAAUGGUCAGAAAUGUAUUAUUACUGAUCUCCUUCUCCCUCUCUGUUAUUGGCCUUCAGGAACAAAAAGGUUGAAAUCAUAAGCACCCAAAUCAUAACUUAAAAGAGACUGGUUUUUGAGAAAAUCACGCAAUGGUUCUUGAAGUUAGGUUAGACAUAGGAGCCUAAAUGACAGUAGCGAGUAAAACUAUAAGAACUAAUGAUGGACACAAGCAAAAGAGACAUAGUAGAGACUGAACUGAACAAUUACAAUGACCCAACUUUUUAAGAGGCUGCACAGUAAAAGUUUCUAAGACAACCAGCAUCCAAGGUUGAAAAUUAAAUCUCCUUUGCACUGCUGCUAUGGUGAGUAAAGCAUAGAAUGCAUUCUAAAGCCUGCAUAGUAUCUGUUGGAACCUUGGAUAGCUCAGAUAACAAACACACGUUAAUAUGUAAGGUGUUAAAAAACCAACACUAGUUAGAAAGUGACAUACUGUCAGUAGCUCAUUACACUGAGUGCUGAAUGGUGUGAGGUCAUCAACAGAUGACAAUAGCUGAGAAGACAGUGCCCAAUAUGUAGUCUAGUUGAAAUUAUCUUCUCAUGGUUAAAUAGAUGAGAUGAAACCCACAAAGCCAUAAGAGGAAGGGUUAAUCUCCUUGAGUUUGUUCUCACAGAAAGAUAACCAGUAUUCAUGCCAGAGCAAUAAAAUGCUGAGAUCAUCCAAGGGGACAAAAUAUCUAAAAAUCUGGGUAGUAGAAUUUCAGCCUUAUCAGCAGCCCAUGCAAAUGACACAAUGGUACCAGCAUCCGCAAAUGAGUGAAGACAAUCUUGAUACAUUUUACUAAAGGGUGGUACAUGUACAGUGCAAAGACGCUCUGGAGCGUAUUGACAGAAAUAGAGCAUACAACACAUUUACAGACUCUGUGUCACCAGAUAUAUAGGGGUGGCCUGAUGAACGCCAAAGAAGUCUGCAGAAAAACUGAGCUCUAAUCCAAAUGGUAAUACCUAAAUGCUAUUUGCUGAUAACAAAUGAACAUCCCACACCAUUACCAUGGUAUCAUCAGUAUAAACCAGUGGUAGUCAACCUGGUCCCUACUGCCCUCUAGUGGGCAUUUCAUCUUUCAUGGUGGGCAUUAGGCAGUAGUAAUUUUAAAAACAUUCUUACUAGGUUGUCGUAAAAUUUUGACAUAAAUGUAGUGACCCAUACAUAUUCCACAUCUGGAGACCAGGUGUGCAGUUAUACAGUGCACCACAAAAGUCGGAAGAUGCUAGCACUGGCAUAGGCCUCCACUCUUGGAUGCGCACGCAACCUCUCAGUGC